UCCCUCGCUGUUACAGGAUGCUAAAAUCGGCAAGUUCUAGAAAAGUACGUUGCCAAACAGAGGCAAAAGAGUAAUGCCAUAACGCAUCGUCGCGCAAGCGUCUAUUUUCCCUAUUCCCAAAUUUCUUGUUGGGUUUCAAUCUGAUUAGGGAUUCGAACUUUCUCAGAAUUUUGCCAGUCCACUUCCUCGUUCUCCCGCUCUUUUGCACCAGGUGCACGCCCUACUUGCGAUAAUGUCUGAUCCUUAUGAGAAAGUGAAAGGAAAUAGACUAGCCUUCAAGGGCGGAGGUCUAGCCACAAGCAGCAAAUCCAUCAGCAAGAGUAAGAAAAAGAAGAAGAAACAGCUUAAGGAUGAUCCCCAAAACGACGUUGGCACUGAGCCACAGGGUGUCGAAGCUUCUGCAAGUGGAAAUGAUUCAGGUGGGCCUGGUGAAGCGUACACUAUUGAUGCUGCAAAGCGCAUGCAGUACGAGGAACUGUUUCCGGUAGAGGCCAAGAAAUUCAGUUAUGAUCCCAAAUACAAAGUGAAGCCCGUGGAGGAUGCUCUUGACGACCGUGUGAAGAAGAAGGCUGAUCGCUACUGUAAAUAAUGUCCUCUUCUCAUGUAAUUUGUAAGGAUUAGUUUGGUGUUAGAGAUUUAUUUUUCUUGUUCUCGGUCUUUUAACAGAUUUUACUGAUAAAUUCAGAGGAUGCAUGAUAAACUAGUGUUCUAUAUAACAGAUUAAAAA